CCAUAUUUCUUACAUAAGUUACAAAGGUAGUUAUAAGAAAAAUACACUUACUUGACAGUAGUCAAUGUAAUAAACUAGUAAUAAUAAUAGCAAUCUUAAAGAAAAAUAAUUAACAAAAAUGACAGUAGCAGCAGUAAUAGUAAUUAUAGGACAUUUUCAACCUCAUCAUCACACCGCAUCUUUCAAAUUUAACACUCACUCAUGCUCAUUGACUUGCUCCAAGUGUUGCAAAAAUUUAAAAAGUAGAGUUUGAUGUAUUAUUUAUGGUUCCAAAGAAUUGUUUGGUUACUCGAGAACUCGAAUAAGACAACCUGUAAAUAAAAUUAACAUGAGUAUUAAGUCUAAUUAUACAAUAUAUAAUAUUUAGUGUUUAGUAUUAAUUAGAGAAGUGUUAAAAAUUCAAUUGAAUGAUUCAGAGCACAGAGAACUCAGUUUUAGAUCAUCAUUGACAGUAGGUAGUUGUUAAGUAAAUAUGCCUGGAGGUGUUGUGUUUCUCGUUUGCAUUCCCACGAUGUCUUAUGAGCAUGAGUUGGUCUUUGGUAUACCCGUAAAACUUACAAAAAAAAAUGAAAAGGUUAUGAAAAAAGGCCCUAAAGUAGAUUUACGUUUGAAAGAAUCGAAAAAUAAAAAUCAACUUAUUACAAUUGGUGGUGAUGAUGAAAAUGACGAUGAUGAUGAUGAUGAUGAUCGACAUCAACGUCGAGAUUUUAAGGAUAUAGAUGAAGACGAGGCUUUCAAUGCUGUAAGGAGACCACGGCCUAAAAGAUUACAGUCUCCUCUUUCUGCUCGAUCGAAUCAAAGUGGAAAUCCAGUUUUUGUUCCGAUGGAAACAGUUUUAGAUGAAUUACUGAAGAAAUUAAAAGUUGAACACGUAGUAUGGUGCAAAGAUAAAGGUAAUAUGUAUUAUGAAGUAAUUUUUCCAGUUCCGGCGGGUGAUCCUUGCGAAAAUUGCCUACAUUGUUUAACUGAAAUGGGUAUUGGUACUCGAAUGAAUUCCAUUGUAAGCGUAAUACCAACGCAAUGUACGUACAGCGCAAUGCGAGUUCCUGGACCAGCUGCAAUAGAUGCUGGCGUAAUCGGUUCAGUGACGAGAAGAAAAGACAUAGAAGAGCGGAGAAAUGCUUGGGAAGGAUUUGUUGAUUCGAUUCGGUCUAAGUUGACAGUAAAACAAGUAGUUGAUGGGGUUAGAAGUGGUGGAGAUCUUACUUUUGAUUACAUACUUUUAGUUGUAACUGCAGACUGUUUAGCAGCCCUUGGUCUUGUGGAAAACAGCGCAACGAAUGUUGUUGCUGCUAUGCUUGUAUCACCUCUUAUGGGACCAGUAAUGUCAUUGACAUUUGGAACAAUAAUAGCCGAUAAAGAUUUAAUAUGCGUUGGUUUGAAAAGUUUAUUGCUUGGGAUAUUUAUUUCUAUACUAUUUGGUUUUAUAUUUGGACUAAUUCUCGGUACAACUCAAAUGCCCUGGGGAUACAAUGACUGGCCAACGGAUGAAAUGAAAGGAAGAGGUAACUAUAGAUCUCUAUGGAUGGGAGUAUUAUGGGCAUUGCCAUCCGGAACAGGAGUCGCAGUAGCUCUUCUUCAAGGAAGCAAUGGUCCAUUGAUCGGAGUCGCUAUUUCUGCGUCGUUAUUACCUCCAGUUGUCAAUUGUGGGCUGUUUUGGGCUCUCGGAUGUAUUUGGUUAAUUUAUCGUCCUAUUAAAAUGCCUCACAUGAAAGGAGAAUCCUAUACAGACCUCAACACCUCAUAUGUAUAUAUUUACACGGAUUAUUUACCAGUUGAAUUUUUCUGUAAUGGUAUUAUCAGUGCAUGUUUAACUUUUGUCAAUGUCAUAUGUAUUUUCAUCACCGCGAUAAUUGUUCUGAAGAUAAAAGAAGUCGCCGCACCUUAUACUUCAACACCUGAAUUGCGAAGAUUCUGGCAGCAUGACAUUCGUCUGGUACGCGAUAAAAAUACAUCCCGGGACAACAGCUCAAUAGAUUCAAGCUUCUACGAGGGAUUGAGUAAAUCUAAACAGAAAGUACUCGAACGAACAUUAAAUGAAGCAGUGAAAGAAGCAAUGAAUGACGAGACAUUCCGUAAAAUUAAAAGGCUUAGUUAUGGGCAGCAUGGACCAAAUGAUAUAACUCCUCGGUUAGGUCUGGCUGGUAAUAUCGGAUCAAUUGAACGAGCUGUAGAUGAUAUUGGAAAGACCACAGAUAUACUGGGUGCUGUGGGUUCCCAGCAAACAGAAUCUUCAUCGAUGCCCGAAAGUACCAAUGAGGAUUUAGCAGCGCUCGAUCGACUUGUAACUUAUCUUCUUGGACAGCAAAAUGGCAACGGCGACAACUGGCGACGUUCUAGACGAGCUAGUGCUCGUGGUUACCGGCAACUUAGAUCAAAUAUGAUGGAUGCUGGUGUAAGCAACACACCUGGUACUAAUACAACUCCUUUAUAAUGUUAACAA